CAAUGACUUCACCAAAUAAAGCACUAGAGCUACAGCUGCAAAUGAAGCAAAAUGCUGAAGAGCUGCAUGAUUUUGUGAGAGAAUUAGAAAGCUGGGAAAAAGAUAUUAAGCAGAUGGAUUCUGAUUUGAGGAAACAGAGUGGUGCCCCAGAAGAGAAUUUACCACCAAUUCGAAAUGAGGCAUAUAGGAAAAAAAAGAAGAGCAAAGCUAAAGUACCUUCUAAGAAAACCACUGAGGAAAACAAAAAAAACAAGAUAAAAUCUUAUGACUAUGAAGCAUGGGGAAAGCUUGAUGUGGACAAAAUACUUGAAGAACUUGACAAAGAAGAUAGUACCCAUGAUUCCUUAUCUCCAGAAUCGGACUCUGAAGAAGAUGGAAUUCAUAUAGAUGCAGAAAAAGCUCUUGCUGAGAAAGAAAAGGGCAAUAUGUACUUUCAACAGGGAAAGUAUGAUGAAGCAAUAAAAUGUUACACAAAGGGGAUGAAUGCUGAUCCAUACAAUCCAGUCCUCCCCACAAACAGAGCAUCUGCUUUCUUUAGAAUGAAAAAGUUUUCUGUUGCUGAAUCUGACUGCAAUUUAGCACUUGCACUAAAUAAGAAUUAUACAAAGGCUUAUUCCAGGAGAGGAGCUGCUCGCUUUUCUUUGCAAAAUCUUGAGGGGGCCAAAGAAGAUUAUGAAAAGGUUUUAGAACUGGAUCCAGAUAACUUUGAAGCAAAAAAUGAACUCCAGAAAAUCGAUCAGGCUCUAACAUCAAAAGAAAAUUCACAACAAAACGAAGCUGAAGAAGUUGGAGAGAAGCUUGAAUUAACAGAAGAAGAAAAGAAGCAAAUAGAAGAGCAGCAGCUCAAGCAGAAGGCUAUUGCAGAGAAAGAUUUGGGAAAUGGAUAUUUCAAAGAGGGAAAAUAUGAAGCAGCAAUUGAAUGUUAUACACGUGGUAUAGCAGCAGAUGGCACCAAUGCACUUCUGCCAGCUAACAGAGCUAUGGCCUAUCUAAAGAUUCAGAAAUAUGAGGAGGCAGAAGCAGACUGCACACAAGCUGUAUUACUAGAUGUUUCCUAUUCUAAAGCUUUUGCCAGAAGAGGGACUGCCAGAGCAGCACUAGGAAAACUAAAAGAAGCUAUGCAAGAUUUUGAAACAGUUUUGAAGUUGGAACCUGGCAAUAAACAAGCAAUAAAUGAACUAACCAAAAUACAGAAUGAAUUAGUUGAGAAAGGGCUGUGGACUUACCAGGAAUGUCCUGAACCAUCUGCAGAAGAAACAGAAAUACGAAACCUGGUGCAGCCCAUUGAUAAACCCUUACAUCUUAGAUCAACUAAACCUUUGAGAAGAAUAUUCAUUGAAGAAGUAGAUGAUGAGAUGCAGAAUAUUGAUGUGCCUAACACUACUACUCUAGUCAAUAAUUGGAUUAAUUCUACAAGCGUAGAAACAACAAAAAAUCUAAGUCAAGAUGACCUCUUAACCACAUCUGAUAUUCCUAGAGCAAAACAGUUGAAAAUAGAAGAAAUCAGUGAUAUACCAGCCUUCCAACCUCCUACCAGUAUGAAAGAUAUGCCAUCAGCUACACCUCAAUCGUCCAGUCUGAGAAAUCAUCUAGAAAAAGAAAAAACAUUACUUCCUGCAUCUACAUCUGAUGUCCCUGCAAUCCCUGCAAAUUCAUUCCAGCUUGAAUCUGAUUUCAGAAAAAUGAAAGGCUGCCCAGAUAAGAUGUACAUGUACCUAAAGCAAAUAGAGCCUUCGCUUUACCCUAAGCUGUUCCAAAAAUCCUUAGAUCCAGAUGUAUUUAACCAGAUUUUGAAAAUUCUGCAAGACUUUUACAUUGAGAAAGAGAAACCAUCUCUCAUCCUUGAAAUUCUCCAGAGGCUAUCUGAAUUAAAAAGAUUUGAUAUGGCAGUGAUGUUUAUGUCAGACUUGGAGAAAAAAACUGCACAUGUAUUGUUCAGUCACAUGAACCAGUCAGGAUUGGAGGAUAAUUCUGUUGAAGAGCUGAAGAAGAAAUAUGGUGUUCAGUAUUAAUGAGAUUACUGAUGUUACGUAUUUAUAUAUGUAAACUAGUCUGAUUCCGCACCUCUUCUCUGAGCUACUUGUACUGAAGUCAGUGAAAGAGUUACAUCCAUAAAGUUGCAUUUAUGUAGAUAAUGAAAUCCUUAUACCAGACAAAACCAAAUGGCAAGUGCCUAGAAAGGAUAAUGGCUUAUGCCCCAAUUCUGCAAUUGUGCCCCAAUUCUGCAAUUAUUUCAGAACCCUGGGGCACCGGGAGGACUCUCCCCAGGUUUAAGAGUCCACUUGAGUAGAUUGAGUUGCAGGCUAACGGCUGUAGCCAGACAGUUAUUCAGAAAUAAAGUUAAUUAUUUAUAAACAUGGGUUUUGGUAAGAAUAAUUUGGUAACUUGAUGAUUAUUAAAAGAUCAGCAUUAAUUUUAUUUUGGGAAAUAAACUUAACAGUGUUUAAUUCAAAA